UCAAUUCAUUCAAUUGAUUAUGAAUAAUGAUCAGAUUUUAGUCUCUUUGAUCUCUGUUUCCAGUUUGUUUGUUUUUUUUUGUAUAUAUAAUAAUGUUUUGCUAGAUUUUGCACAAGAAGAGUUGUGCAUCUAUUUAAAAGGACUUAAAUGCAAAAUGUACAUCAUGCAUAUACAUCAAUGUGGGUUCAGAUAACGCACAAAAAAGACAGUUGUCCCAGUCUCCCUUGUCCUUAUUCUGUCUGUGUGAGUCACUGUGUGGCAUUUGGAUUUUCAUGCCGACAGAUUUGCUAGCAGACUGGUUUCAACAGCCUUAUGUUCCUGUGGAAAUGAAAAGCAGUGAUUUUCUUAAUGCGUAUUUGAUCAUCACUGGGAAAUAUCUUUGAUAAUAUAGUGUUGCAGAGAAAGUUUUAUGUACUAAGACUUUGUGAGAUGUGACAUUUUGUGGGUUUAUUUUGUCAGACUUGAUAGAUUUAAUUCAUAUUACGCCUUACAAGGUUAAAGACACAUUUUAACACCCUAAAAGCAAAAUGCCAAGUUGAUAUUAAAAGUAUUGUGAAGAUGGUCAUGAAACAGCUUGUAAGUUAGAUAGAAAUGGUCAGAAAAUGCAACAAAAAUGUUGGUUGCACUGAAAACCUGUCAAUAUAAAUGGGACAUUUGUACAACUAUUUCACCUUACAAAGACAUACAAAAAUUCACGUUUGUUCAUUUCAGCUGAUAUCUCCGGCUCUCAUGGUGACAAUGAUGACUUAAAUUCUUCAUCAUUCACAAGAGAUUUUGUGGAAAGCUCCUUUUUUCUUUGGAAAAAGGGCAAAUCAAGGGAAAGGAGAACGCGGUGAAUGGGGAUCACCUGUGGAUGGAGACAAGUUGUUCAGGAGAGCUCUGCUAUCUCGGAGAGGACGCCUGCCUGCUAAAGACUGCAAAGUCGGCCCCCAGGAGGAAAUGUGCUGCCUGUAAGAUCGUUGUUCACACCGGCUGCAUAGAGCAACUCGAAAAGAUUAACUUUCGGUGUAAGCCAACCUUCAGAGAGGGAGGAUCGAGAUGCCUCAGAGAUCAGAACACGCUGAGACAUCACUGGGUUCACAGACGAAGACAGGAGGGGAAAUGUAAACAGUGUGGAAAGAGUUUUCAGCAGAAGUUCUUCCACAGUAAAGAAAUCAUUGCCAUCAGUUGCUCCUGGUGUAAACAGGCUUUCCACAAUAAGGUGACGUGUUUCAUGCUGCAUCAGAUUGAGGAGCCAUGUUCUCUGGGGGCCCACGCAGGAGUCAUAGUUCCACCCUCCUGGAUCAUCAAAGUCAGGAAACCUCAGAGCUCACUCAAGAACUCUGCCAGGAGAAAAAAGCGGACAUCUUUCAAAAGAAGGACAAGCAAGAAGGGACUGGAUGAGUCUAAAUGGCGUCCGUUCAUGUUGAAGCCCCUCCCCUCACCUCUCAUGAAGCCCAUCUUGGUUUUUGUCAAUCCCAAGAGUGGGGGCAACCAGGGUGCCAAGGUGUUACAGAUGUUCAUGUGGAUCCUGAACCCUCGACAAGUCUUUGACCUGUCACAGGGAGGACUGCGAGAGGCGUUGGAGUUGUAUCGGAAAGUGCCAAAUCUGAGGAUCCUCGCCUGCGGAGGUGACGGCACGGUGGGGUGGAUCCUGUCCACUCUAGAUGAGCUGCAGAUGACCCCCCAGCCUCCAGUCGCUGUUCUUCCUCUGGGAACAGGAAAUGACCUCGCCAGGACGCUCAACUGGGGUGGGGGCUACACAGAUGAGCCGGUGUCCAAGGUUUUAUGUCACGUGGAGGACGGUUCGGUGGUUCAGCUGGACAGGUGGAACCUCCUGGUGGAGAAGAGCACUACGCAGCCAGAGGAGGGCACGCAGAAGCUGCCUCUGAAUGUGUUCAACAACUACUUCAGCCUGGGCUUCGACGCUCAUGUCACCCUCGAGUUCCACGAGUCAAGAGAGGCCAACCCAGAGAAGUUUAACAGUCGCUUCCGCAACAAGAUGUUCUAUGCAGGAGCUGCGUUCUCAGAUUUCCUCCAGAGAAGCUCCCGGGAUUUGUCGAAGCACGUCAGAGUGGUGUGCGAUGGUACCGACUUAACUCCCAAGAUCCAGGAGCUGAAGUUUCAGUGCAUCGUGUUUCUAAACAUUCCCAGGUACUGUGCUGGCACCAUGCCAUGGGGGAACACAGGGGACCACCGGGACUUCGAACCGCAACGCCAUGAUGAUGGCUGCAUCGAGGUUAUUGGCUUCACCAUGGCUUCAUUGGCUGCGCUACAGGUCGGCGGUCACGGAGAGAGGUUGCACCAGUGUAGAGAAGUUGUCCUUACUACCUACAAGACCGUACCUGUUCAGGUGGACGGUGAGCCGUGUCGACUGGCUCCAUCCACUCUCCGCAUCUCCCUUCGAAACCAGGCCAACAUGGUCCAGAAGAGCAAGAGACGCACCUCUGUGCCCCUGCUCAACGAUCCUCACGCAGUUCCCGAUCGUCUGCGUCUUCGAGUGAAUCGGAUCAGCCUUCAGGAGUACGACCGGCUGCAGUACGACAAAGAGCGACUACGAGACAUCUCCAUCCCAGUAGGCAUUGUGGUGGUGAGGGGGGACUGUGACCUGGAGACAUGCAGACUCUAUAUUGACAGACUACAAGAGGACUUACACCAGGCGCCAUCUACUGGCCACAGAGUGCACUAUCAGGAUGAGAGCAGAGGCGUCCCCAGGACCAGUUCGACCAACAGACUCUCUCCCAACUGGAGCUUUUUGGAUUCCACAUCAGCUGAUCGCUUCUAUCGCAUCGAUAAGGCUCAGGAGCACCUCCACUUUGUGACAGAAAUCUGUCAGGACGAGGUGUUUAUCCUGGACCACGAGGGUCCAGUGACGAGCCAGGGAGUGUCCACAGGGAUGCCUGAUCUGGUGGUGGAACCUUCUGCUGGGACUCCCUUGACAUCUGAGGAACAAGCACUGUUGACAGCUGCCAGUACAGGAGAUCUUUCCAUGCUGUCAGAGUGUGUGCGUCGAGGCGUCAGCCUGUUGGUCAGAGACUCUGGAGGUUGUUCGGCGUUACAUAUGGCCGCCCAGAACGGACACACUGACCUGGUCAGCUACAUACUGCAGCAGGGCUCUAAGGUUCUUCUGGAUUUGACAGACAGAGAGAAGGGGGACACUGCCUUGCACAAAGCAGCCUCAGAGAAGCAGCAUGCCGUGUGCCGACUGUUGGUGGAGGCUGGGGCGUCGCUCGAGAAGACCAACUUCCAGGGGAAGACACCAGCGGACCAAGCGGAGGGAGACUCGGAGCUCGCCACCUACCUGAGCACCCAACAACAGACGUCUUCAGCCACCCACGAGGACUUGGAGACGGCUGUCUGAGGCGCACACACUCUCUCACACACACUCACACUCACUGUGUCUCUCUGGACUCACUCAUAGUGGACAUGAAUCUGUGAGAGGAAAGUGUGUAAAAAAAAGGUCUGGAUUUAACUGCAGCGUCUCUACAGACGGAGAGAUAAACGAGACGACCUGAACUGCUUCAGCUCACAGCAGCACUGCAGUGGAGAUUUUAAUGGUCAACUAUUUAUUUGUAUUUUAUUUAUUCAUAUUCUAUUUAUUGGUUGUACUGAUUGAUUGACUGAGUGAUCGAUUGUUGGACUGUUAAUGCUUUGGGAUGCAAGCGCACUUUGAGCAGCCGUCAUGGGGUUCACUUGUGGAUGAGGAGAGUCGAACUCAUGCAAACAUGUUUGUUUUGGUCACAGUUCAGAUUUUACAAGUGAGUCUACUCACUUACUUACUAAGAAGUGUCGAAAAUAGUCACUAUAACAAUGUUUCAUUUCAGAGCUGAUAGAAAUUCUGAAGGCUGAUAUGUUUACCCCAUAAAACCUGUGUGCCAAAGACAUUGCACUGAUGUAGUGUCAUAUUUCAGUGACGUUCCCAGAGUCAAUCACUUGUAAUAAAUCCCCCAAAACUGAUCGCUUUAAUACCAAAUUAUGACAUGCUAACAUUUCAUUCAUGCCGUUUCAUUCGACGUCCCCAUUACCGGAUCGUCAGUUUGAUAACAUUACAAAGCUCGAAAAUUUCCUUUCAGCUGUCGCACAUUAGUACUGAAGUAUGGAUGGAAUGAAGUGAGGGAGGAAGAAAACUUUAUUUUUUUUAACACCUUUUCAAAGCAGAGCUGCAAAAUGCCUCACGUGUGCACAUGCAAAUACCAGAACCUGAUGCUAAAUAGUGACAAGCAAGGGUCAAAACUGAAACCAAACAAAUAAAAUACAACAAUAGGUAAUUUAGUGUGUAAUUAAUAGUCAAAAUUUCAGUCUGUCGCUAUCCCACUUACUCCCAAACAAUAACGCUCAAGGGGAUUAAGAAAGAAAAAUUAUAUAUUUCACAAAAUUACAUGUAUUUUUGCUGACUUUUAAAAAAAUGUUGCCUUUUUCAUGUGAAAUACUUGAUACUUUCACCUCUCCAGGACUUAAAAACCCUUCAAACAGUCUCAGAAGGAAAAGAAUGAAUCCUUGGUCCAGCUGCUCCCAGUGGUUGUUGAUUUGUUUCAAAGGAAACCACUGCUUUAUUCCACCGUGUUUGCUCUUAACCUUUACAAGACAUUUCAACAGCAUUUGGUUGCCAGAAGUGACACUUCCUGUCGCAAAAAGGUAGUUUUGAAAAGAUCAGAGACAUACAAUUUAACCAAACCAUGUAGGACUUUAAAAGGAAUAAAAAAAAUCUUAAGCUGAAUUCGAAAAUAACCUUUUAGAUUCUAUUAAAUAACCAGAUUUUAAAAUCCAAACCUUUCAACACGACUGUUCACUGUUCCGUUCCCCCAGUUAGUCCGAGGAGUUUGAAUAUAGAUGGCCGACAGCUGAUGGAAGGUGCUGAUAUAUAGUUUCUUAAAUUUGUCUGUUUUCAUAGCAAACAUUUAACAUAGAUUUAGUUUAUUGUUGUCACAGUGGAAAAUGUCUCUGAAUAGGACUGCGUGAUGUGGAUAAAAAUCGUUAUUAUUAUUAUUAUUAUUAUUAUAAAACGUUAAGGAGGUGAUUUACAUAUUAUUGUAUAAGUUAGACUUAAAGACCACAGUUACAUGAAAUAUAAGAUGAAAAACAUUUACCCCUGAGGCACAGAGUUUUUGUCUUAUCUGACUUUAAUGGCAAAAUAACAGGAAGUAGAAAGAUGACACAAUCGUCAGAGAAUGACUCUUCUGAAGGGCAAUCAUGAUAUUAAACUAUUGGCCAGCCAUAUCACUGAAACAAAAGUCAGAGUGGAAAUUAGUCCGUUAAUCAACAUAAAAUUAAUUGGGAACUACUUUGACAGUUGAUUUAUUGUUGACAUCUUUUCUUCAUACAAUUGCCGAAAAUUCACAGUUCAAACAGCACUGAAUCCAUCAUAUCACUGUCUGAACCGGAUCAGAUGUUUAGAAAACACCAACACAGUAGUUCAACCAUGAAUCCUUGUGCGUGUGUUACAAAAUGCUCAGUUAAGUGUAGCCAGUUGAUCGUGGAUGCACACACCAGACUGUGUUUAAGAAACAGGAGUUUUAAAGCUUUUUUCAAAUGUCUGACUGUCCAGCUGCCGUCACACAAUCAAAUAUUUCAACUUUUCACACGGGAGGUUGUUUGUUUCUGGUACUCGUGACCUGACAAGGCUUUUCACGUACAGUUUGUGUGUGUGUGUGUGUGUGUGUGUGAGAGAGAGAGAGAGUGUGUGAUGAUUCACCCCAUUCCAUAUCAAAUCUGAAAAGAGAAAAGUCAGUACUGCUGCAGCAGAAAGAGAAGAAACGUCACUCUGCUUUCUGUGUAGCAUGUACACAACUACUACAGACUGUGUUGUGUAUCUGAAGUACACAAGCCUGUGUGUGUGUGUGUUUGUUUGUGUUUGCAGCAUUUAUCCCAGAAGAAGAGAAAAAUCUGAGCCAUAUUCAAUGCAAUAUGAAUAGAUGACGUCUUUUUGCAUUUCUCUUUUAAUCGUUUACAUUACGUUAAUGUUUUAAACGUAGUCGACCAUUUAGCACCGAGGAGUAUUGAAUGUGCAGUUUUACUUCAGCGCUGGUUGGGUAUAUGAUUGUCUUGUUAUGUUUUUUUUUUUCUUUUGCGUGCGUGCAUGUAUGUCAACGUACUGAACUUUUGAACAACCCUGUGAGUUCACUUUUGAUAUAACCUGCUGUAAACUAAAUUGGUAUGUAAAGUAAGAUCUGCUUUCCCAAGUGUUUGUGGGCACACUGAAACAUUUAAAGACUUUAAUGUGGCCAUCGUAGGAGUCCAGCUUUUAAACUGCAGAGUGUGGCGCGUAGUUUUGUUUGGAAAUUCCAUUUUCAGCUGCUAGAUCACUCAGUAUUACUCAAAGAUCAUUGCAAGUCAUUGCUCACAUUUUCCGCCAAGCUUUUGUCAUUGUUUUUUUUUCCUCUUACAAUUCUAACCUUCACCAGGCAAACUUUAUUUCAAAACCUGUUCUGGUUUAAUACUUGAUCUGUUCUCCUUGUUUUAUGUUUUUAUCAUAAGGAGGUCACUGGAUGGUUUGUCCAACUAAAUGUGCUAACAGUGGUGGGAUGUCUGAUGUGACUUUGAAGCAAAAAAAAAUCUGUUUUCCUCAGUGAACAAAGAUUUGAAUCUGAUCAGACGUUUUAUCCCAGCGUUUGGUCCAGUAAUUCAUAUUUUUCAGCUGGUAACAUAACCUGAUGAAUCAGUUUUGUUGCUAUGGUUUCCUGCUUGGUGGUUUUGAAGAUGUCCUGAAAUACAGAUCUCACUCCUUUUUUCUUGUAAAAAAACAACAACAACAACAAAAAAAACACACAUUGAUGACAGGGACAACAUAGAACACGUGUAACUCACACACUCGAGCAUGACAAUCAAGCUUGGAAAAUGAAAAAGUGUAAAAUAAAAUUGAAAAAAUGAGGGUACAGUAUUAAUAAAUGGACUUCAACAGUCCCACAGACAUGACUUUAAUUUUCACUUUUUUCUCCAGCUAUUGUGUGUUUUUGCCCUUUAAAAUAAUAAAUUGUUCCUAGCAGGCAAAUGGUCAGAAAAAGUCAGAACGUUUUUGCUUUCAGAUCAAAACACAUGGAGCCAGUUUGCUUUUUGCCUUUUGAUUUGAUCCUCUGAAAGUGUUUUAAGUGUUAAAUUCAGGGGCACUGAAACAUAAAACAUAAAUCAAUGACAUUUUUUACGCUGCAGUAAUGAUUUCCUCUUUCUUUUUCCCCCAAACCCGCAAGACAAUCUGUGCAUUCAUUCACAACUUAUGUGUUGUUCUCCUGCACUUUGCUUGACUGACCACAUUUCAAGCCGGGAUUUUCCUGUCCCAGCAUUCAUGCUUUCGCGUGCUUCUCGUGCAGGACUUCUACGAUGGCCGCCGCCGUCAGCAUCCAGACCCUCUGAGUGUCUGGAGGGUAUGAAAACAGGACAAAAUGUGUACAUGACCUCCUUAACCUGAAUCUCUGUGAAUGGUGAUGACAUUUUCUAUGAAGUGACUGUGGUAAUAAGCUAGGCCUGCUCUGAAUGACGUACACACACGCUUCUUAUCACUCUUUCUAUUGAGUAGAAACUUGACUUUAUAUUAAAUUGUGUCUCUCAUCAGCGUUGGCUAUGCAUGGCAUUUUUCUUACCUCCUUGGGAUUAUUUUCUGGUAAUGGCAUAAAAGAUGGUAUUAUUGUUGUUUAAAUUAUUAAAUUAUUAUAGUUUUAAAUGAUUUCUGAGUUUCCUCUUUAAGUUGGAUGUGUUAUUAUUUUUGCUUUUGUAUUUCUUUUUUCUUUUCUUUUUCUUUUUUUUUUUUUUGCUGCUGAUGAUGGAAUUACUUGAAGUUUGUUGUUUUAUUUUCUUAAUUUGUUAAAAGAAGAUGUGAUGCUGUAA